CCUGCAGAUCAAAGAGAAGCAGACGAACACUGGACUGGUGUGCAGAUAUGGCAGUUCUUUUCUACAAUUCGCCAAUUAUUCUUAUAUUGUGUUACAUAUUGUCAGUUUCUUCGCUCAGUCCCAAAGUCAUCGAAGAAAAAAUAUUAUGGGAAAAGGACGAACAAGGUGAGGUGGCCGAGUUUCGGAUCCCUCUUCUCAUUCAAGUCCCGACAGGAGACCUGCUGGCUUUCAGCGAAGCACGCAAGUACAGUGGAGGCGAUGCUGGGGCGAAGUUUAUCGCGAUGCGCCGCUCGACCGACAGCGGGGACAACUGGGGCCCGACCGCCUUCAUACUCGACGACUACCACACGGUCCCGGAUGGAACGAAUCUCGGAACAAUAACAAUCGAACACGAGACCAAUAAGUUGAUUCUAAUCCACACCUUCUGCAUUCAUUCUACCCCUUCGUGUGUGAACGGGACCGGGGAAAAACCUAAAGGACUUUACAUGGUGACGAGUUUAGACUGGGGAUAUUCUUGGUCUAAACCGGAGUAUCUUGGGGAUAAGGAUGCAUCAUUGAAAGGAAUCCAAUACAAUCCUGGACCCGGGUAUGGGAUCCAAAAGAAGUAUGAACCCAACAAAGGAAGACUUGUUUCAUGUGGUCAAGGGCUCACCAGCUUGUUCUGUCUUACAAGUGAUGAUCUUGGGUUGACUUGGCAGAUGACACCUGGCAUCCUUAACUUGCCACAAAACAGAGAAGAGCUGAAAAUGGGUGACUUUGAACCCGGAGAGGUGCAGGUUGUCGAACUGAAGAAUGGCACUCUGUUGAUCAAUGCACGCAACGAGCGCUCCUUUCAUUGCACUUGCCGUAUCCAGGCUUUGAGCUUCGAUGGCGGCAAGACCUUCCCCUUGCCCUACCUCACAUUCAAAGAGGAACUCCUAGACCCGCGGGUUUGCGGUUCAAUACUCAACUACAACGAUACCCUCAUUUUCAGCAACCCGUUCAAUGCAAAGAGUCGCAUAAACCUAACGCUUCAUUGGAGUACGGACUCGGGGGAGACAUAUCCACAUUUUUUCAGUAUUCAUCCAGGGGGCAGUGGCUAUUCCUGUUUGACAACGAUUGAUGAAAAUCAUAUAGGUUUGAUUUAUGAAAAGAAUGAUAUUAGAUAUAUAUCUUUCUUGAAAAUUCAACUGAAUCCAUAAUUAUUAUCUAGAAUUUUUAUUCAUGAAUGUCCACUGUCUAUCUCAUAAUUCUAAAUGAUCAGUACAGAUGAAAUAAGUCUGGAUUUUUUUGAUAAUCAUUGCCAAAUAAUUUUUUAUAUAUUAAUAUUUGUAAAGCUUUAUGAUAUCACUCAAGGUUCAUGUAUAUCCAGGAAAUAUUGAUAUGAAUAUAAUUUUGAUAUAUUCUAUAUUGUGUGAGAUCAGAAUGAUGAUGGACAGCCAUUUGUAUACAUAUCAUAUAAGGCCAGUUGCAUAAACCCAAUUUAUAUACUUCCUGCCUUUUCAAUUGUGAUUUUCAUGUAAAUCUUGUCAGCGGGUUACCAUAGUACAUGUACGUAUUAUCAAUGACAUUGUCACACUUAAUAUCAUGUUCUAUGCCUCGGGAGCCUUUAUUUAUUUAAAAUGGUCAUAUCUCCUUUAUAUUCACCUAAAUCACCAUUAUAUAGGCGUUUCCAGACAGU